GUAGAGAAAAGGAAAGAUGGCGACACCAGAGCAACUGGUACAGGCCAGAACAAGGAACUUGUGGAGGCCAUGAAAAGCACAGCGGGUGACAAAGGAGAUGCCGAGCAGUAUCUCCCGUGGAGACACAGGAUGUCGGCAUAUGUUUGCUCGAUCUACCCGGAUCUGCGAGAUGUUCUUGAAUGGUGCGAAGAACGUGAAAAGAGUAUAUCCACGACGGAGCUCACCGAUGCGUUUGGUGAGGGAGCAGAUGAGAUAGAUCGGGUUCCGAACCUGUUCGAGAAAUCCACGGAGUUAUCUUCGGCACUGCAGAUAGUGACUGCGAAGGAGCGGUUUGCUAUCGUGAUCAAUUGUAACACGAAUGGCUUCGAAGCUUGGCGAAGGCUUGCUCGACGGUAUGAUCCCGCGACUGCUUCAAGGAAGCGCUCUAUGCUGAAGUCGGUGAUCAAUCCACAGAAGCAAAAGCUGGAACACCUGCCUCAAGCUAUCGAGGAAUGGCUCGACGCAAUCGCGUCGUACGAGAAAAGAAAAGAUGCAAGCGGGAAUCGGACCAAGAUCCCGGAAGAGAUGAAGACCGCAGCGUUGGAGUCCAUGUUGCCACAAGACCUGGAGGCACAUGUGCAGCUGAACCAGUCGAAGUUUGCUGGGUUUGAAGAUCUUCUGGAAGAGGUCACGAGAUACGUCGAGCACCGCACGGGGAAGACGCUGAAGGCGUUCUCCACGACCCAGGCCGCUGGCAAAGAUAGCCUUGGGGACCCGAUGGAUGUUUCAUCUGUUGGGAAAGGCAAGGAUAACAAAGGCGGCCGUGGGACGAAGUUUCUGGGUACCUGCAACAACUGCGGGAAGACAGGACACAAGGCAGCCGAGUGCUGGCAAUCGUCGGCAAAAGGCGGCAAAGGAAGCUACUCGAGAGAUCCAGGGAAAGGAGAGGAAUGGAACGAAGAAGCCGGACAAGACGAGACCUCCUGGGAGCACGGCGAUCGGACCGAAGAUCAGGGCUGGGAAGACUGGCCCGAGGAAGCCGACUGGAAUGAAGCAAACGGGCUACUCAUAGGUGGCCGGGAGGAAGAAAGUGGGACGGGGAAAAUGUCGGAUUUCGGGGAGCGUCUCCGGAAUGCCGGCCUGGACCCGUCUCAGCUUGAUGGGCUGUCGGACGAUGAAGCGCAUGAGUUGCAAGGGGCCCUGUUGGCGUCCCUAGUGGCUCUCCAGGCGCGAGCUAAAGCACGGGCAGAGCCGAAGGCAGAAGCAAAGGCGAAAGAAGAGCCCAAGGCAAAAGAAGGAGCAAAGACCGCAAAGGAGCCAGCGCCCAAAGCAAAGGAAAAGGCAAAGGCCGCGAAGAAGCCAGAGCCAAAGGCGAAGACAAAGGCAGCAAAGGAGAAGAGCAAGGCCGAGGCCAGCUCAGGCGUUUCGCCUGGAGCGCGGCUGAAGCCUCUCUUUGUGUGCCCACCAGAAGGGCCACCUCCUCCAAAGAGGGCCGUCUCGGGGAGCUCUAGGCCAGCUGAGCCGGCGAAGCCUCCGGCGGUGAAGGCUAGGGCAGCGACUCUACCGCCGAAGCCGGUGGUAGGCAAGGCUCCGGUGCCAGGGUCAGCAAGACCCGCGGAGCCGAAGCAGGAGCGCGGGAGGAUGAAGCUGAAGCUCAAGGUGAUGAGGGAGCUUAAGACGAAAGAAGAGUGGAAGCGGAUGAGCUACGAUGAGAGAAGAAAGCACCAAGAGAAUAUCCGCAAGCUGCUGCCACCAGGGACGGAGCAGAAGAAGGAAAACGCGAACAGCUGUGCAAGAGUACCUGCAGAGAAAGAAAAGGGAGUACGAAAGCCUGAAGAAGCCAAUGCCAGCCGGGCUCGCGAGGAAGAAGAUGAAGAGAUGGAAGCGGUGAGCGUGGAGCCCACCGAGAAGAGUGAAGGAGAAGAAGGGCUCGAAGAAGAGGAGCCCAAGGAAGAAGACGUGACCAUAGAGGUCAAAGAGGAAAAACCGCCGGGCGAGAAGGAGAUCGCCCAGGCGAAGAGGGAGCACGCAGCGAGGAUGAAGGCUCUUAGGGAGCAAAGGAAUCGUGUAGAGAUAGGGUCCGGAGAGACCACAGAGGCCACGGAGGCCGAAGCUACGGAGGCCACGGAGGCCGAAGUGCCAAAGGCGGCGAGCGCCGCGACGGCAGAUGCCACGUCGAUGUCUUCGUCGACAGUGAUGCAGAAUCUUCUGCAGGGCAGUCUGCUUGGAGGCCUCAUGGCGGAUCGAAGUCGUCUGCUGAAGAGGCUGGAGGAGCUAGAGAAGCUCAGCGAGGAAGAGAGGAACGAAAACGACUACGAGGAAAAGGCGAAUAUCGAGGAGGAGCUGGAUGGCAUCCUCGAGAAAAUCACGAAGCUCAAGGAGCCUCGCUGUGCCAAGGCUGCGCCAAAGGUGGUGGCCGGAAGGCUCGACCAGAGCACGCACGAUGCGAGGUAUCGCGCUGCUAUAGCCAAGGGCGUUCCACACGCCAGGGCUUGGAAAGAGGAGAAAGGAAGAAGAAGGGCGGCGGAGCAACGCCGCAAGGGAACAAAGGAGAGAGCAAAGCUCAAUGUGCAAACGCAGAAGGACUGGGCAGAGCAUUUUGCUACGAGGCCCGGUCGGAAGGAGGACAACGCAAAGGUUGAUGCAAUGGAGACGGUUGUGGUCGACAGCCAGAGCAAGGAGGUUGACCCAAGUUCGGCAACCGCUUUGGUGGCAGUUCCGCUGACGGGAAAGGAGAAAACCUACUACCGCCAGGAAGGCGAGGAGGAGCUGAAGCCCAAGAAAGAGAAAGAGGAAAAGCCGCGCGACCCAGAGAAGAGAAGAAAGAUCAACGAGAAAAGAGCCCGGCUUGCACAGAAGAACAAAGGAAAAGGAAAGCAAAAGGGCAAAGAGGAAGGAAAGAAAAGGAAGGCACCCGAGGAGGAAGAAGAUGAAGGUGAAGAUGAAGAUGAGGAAGAUGAUUCUUGGGGGGACUGGAAGAGUCCCGAAGGUGGACCCAAGGAUCCUCCAGGGGGUGCGGCAGCUAUCGCCUCUGUGGAGGUGAGCUUGGCCACGAAUGCCGUUUCGGCGUCCGGUGGCCGGGAGCAUGGUCCCCAAGACCAGCGUGUCGAGGUGAACUUCGACAGCGGUGCUGCCGUGACGGUGGUGCCAAUGAAGUAUGGCCGUGGAACCGAGAAGCCUCGAGAGGAGAUGAAGUUCAAGACCGCGAGCGGCCAGAACAUACCCGAUUAUGGGCUAUGCGGCGGCUAUCUUAUUCCCAAAGGGAAUGAGUUUGGGAAAGACUUUGAUGCUAUGAUGAAGAG